UGCGAAAUGACAUCAAUACAGCGAGUCGCGGCUAGUGCGGUCCAGCUCAACCCUGAGGCCAACUUCUCUCUUUUCCACGCCAAUUUCGAUUUCUCCUUGUUCAAGUGCGAGGCCCCAGCCGAGCUGCUGCCGCUUGGAGAGUCUCUCUCCAGGCAGCGGCGCGAAUUGGCAGAGGAGGGCUCUUUCCAUAUCCUCGCCCGGCGACUCGGCAUUCUAUUCGAAAAGGUUCUUCCUGAGGUGCCGUCCCUGCUGAAAGCGUAUGGUACCCGUGCUAGUGAGAUUGCAUCUGAGCUAGAUAAAACUGGGGCUCCGUCGAAGAGCAUCGCAGAUGGAGUUUUCGGACCCCAUUUGGGUCUUGAUACCACCACCAUCUGGGCUGGCGCUACUAGCGGAAGCUGUGCACUGCUGAUGCAUCUUCUUGCCUGUAUGCUGGCGCGAAUAUGGUCUCCACAGGAAGCAACCGCCAUCUGGGUUGAGCUUGUCGACGAGCGGCGCCAGGAAAUCAAGCACCAGGUCAUGGAGCGGGACAAGGCCAGUAAUUUCUUCGCUCAGCAGGCAGCGCUCUACGAGACGGACUGGUCUAGCUUGCAGUCCUGGGAUGCCAGCGCUCGUUCUUGGCUCCAGGUCGCAGAUAACAGCUCGGUCAAGCAGCAGCAAAAGCGCGUCGAGCUAAUUGCCAAUAACCUGUCGGUGGCAAUCCAGACUCAAGUGACCCCGGAUGGCAUGACGAUCUCAGCAUCUGGCAAGAAGAUGGUAUAUGGGAGUGUACUCCACAGCUUCCGUACUGCACUAUUAGCGCUGGACAACUUGGUCUCGGGGAAGCCCCAGCGCCUACUCGACGGAGGUGUCCUGCUCGGUCUUACUUCCUGGCACCUGUAUCCCGAUUUGGUGAUUCUUGGACCCAAAGAAAAGCACGUCUUCCAAAAGGAUGUCCUCAUUGCCCCAAGUGGAGUUGCAACCCUCUCCAUUGCCUACGAUGAGGACCCGAAUGGCAACCAGGACGGCGUCUACUGGUCGCUGCCUCUAUCCAGCCUGCGCUACUAUGGAACCGUUCAACGCAAGCGGUCAUCCUUGCGGGACUCCAAGAAAUUGUCAUUUCCCGAGUUUCAAGCGUUGAUAUUAGGGGCCUCGCUGGACAGCUUGGACAACCUUUCUGCGGCUGCUGAUAUUCUGCAGUGUAUCUGGAGGUUCAGUUUCGACGUGUACCAGGACACAUUGAAGAAAUUACAGAGCGGCUCAGCUUGCCUAGACUGGAUAGUAAACCCUGAAAUUGCGAAUAUGGAUAUCGGCGAACCCGUGUGGAAUAUACCAAAGGAGGAACUACCCGAGCUUGGAACUGUGAUGAACCAUCUCCAUCUCCUGUCUCUGUUGAUAGGAGGCAGCGAGCUUUAUUUGUCUGGAGCUGAAGAGGAACGAGCAAAGGCACUACAGCUUAUUCGAUACGGCGCGAAUUCCGCUACCUCCUGGAUAGGGAACAAAAAGCAUACUUCUGACCCUCCGUUCUUUGGGGUUGCGGAUUUGACAUUUACCUUGGGAGCAAUAAAGACAACGAGGGACCGAGUGCAGGUUCUUCAGCGGAUCUGGGAAUCGCAUGGCUCGCCUUCAGAGGGAUGUAUCAUUCGCUUCCGCAGAGAAGACAACAAAUGGGGCUAUACAUGGCUAUCAUCGACAAAGAGUGCUACCAGCGGAAAGCGAAGUAGGAGCGAAUAUGAGUCCGAGAUGUGUGAAACUGAAAGUAUCAGAAUACCAGAUGACGAGGACUGGAUGUUUGUGUCUUCUGAGAUGGAUGGCCUCCAGUUUGGUUCCAUGUCGGGGCCAUACUAUUCCAGUGAUUUGCCAGAGUCAGUCAACGACAGAUUGUACCGCCAGUCUUUCCAUAGCUUCCUACGAGACGAACCCAAGUCGGCUACACUGGUAAUAUGGGACCUGGUGCUUGGGAGUCCGGGCCUGGCUGGUAUAUACGCAAGGCGUGAUAGACCCCCAAUAGCACAUGAAUGUAUACCACGGUCAACGGUCCCUCUUCCGGUGCUCCAGGAACUGGCUGGCUAUGGGUGCUUGGACCUGGGUAUCGUCAUGCAAGGGAUAGAUGACUUUCUCGCGACUCAUCGUCCAGACCAGCACUUCUCUCUGCUAGCACUGGGUCGGGUCAUUGAGCAUUACAAGCGUGAGCUACCGCACCUCACAGUGCCAAUGAGCGUUAUAAAGCAGCCACCACGGUCCUGGAGCUGGGCAGGUAUAGUGGUGGAAGAACUAGAGAACCAGAAGUAUACAGCCGCCUCUCUCGCGCGUGAUGGAAUCAUAACAGACAAGAUAUAUCCCAGCCCCCUUACCCGCCAGCAAGCAUUUGCGUCAAUCCUCCAGUUUGAAUCCGGCACGCUAUCAGCUGAUGUGGACGAGAUGGAUAAAGUGAUGGCUAUCUCAAGUGGAAAUUCUUUAUUCAUUGCCCAACGGAUACUGAGCGAUCCCAUUCCACCACAGAACAUGGCCUCAUGCGCUGUGGCACACGCUAUCGGAAAUGUAGGAAAACCAGGUAUUGCUUUAUUAUUUGCACCGGAGCAGCCGCUUGUCAGGGAGCAUGAUGUCGAGAGGUGGCAUAUCGUGAACCACAACCAAUUCGAUGGCAGCCAGGCUGGAGGUGUGUUCGACGGUUCCUCUUUACACAUGUCCUUUACGGGCUGGGAGGGACCUCUGAGGGUCCGCGGCCCUUCUGCAUUCAGGGGCAUGGAGGCGUAUAAUCUGGAGACGAGAAUCUCCAUGUAUGACCAGGCAGAAUGGGUUGCUGACCUGAAUAUUCUCGAAUCGUUGGCCUCUUCCCCCAACCUCAAGGUCUGCGGAGCCCAUGGUAGACAAUGCGGCCAUGAUCCAUCUAUUGCAGCCAGCGGCGCAGAGUUUGUCUCAAUUGACUGUUGGGAGGAGCUCCUGAGCACAGCAGACCGACCGAUGGUACUACGGUCUGGGUCGUCAUGGAUGGUGCGCUUGACAGGAGUCAGCAUUGCUUAUGCUCGGGGGUUCAAGUGUUGCCUCCUUCCUGUACAUAAAGGUUUCUGCUGGACAUGCGUCGUCAAAGAAGCCGAGACUGGAAAGAUUGAGGAUGAGAAGCUGUUGUUCGUAUAUUAACAAGGAAUCUAGGCUCUAAAUCAGUUUAUAAAUGAUAUGUAUAUAGUAAAAAGUAUAAAAAGUAUAUCACGCUUCACGCCGCCGUCGCAUAGAACGCAAAACAAAUACAUAACAAAAACGAAACAAGCCUGCCAAAGCGUCACUCAUCCCACAAACCACCUCCCUCUCCAUCCAGCAGCAACUUCCACUUCUUCCAAAACCACGGCGACACCUCCCAGCUCC